AUGUCUCGGCCGAUAAAAUGCAUUGGCAUGAAAGUCGAUGCCUACAUUCUCAAUACUUCAGUUGUAGGCCGGGACUUCUUCUUGGCACCAGUCACACAACCCUCUUACGAGAAGCUUCUUCCGGGACAGCUCAAUCUUAGACCUGAUGUUACGGACCACAUUGAUCUGAGAAAUGCUUCACAGUGGCAGGUGAAUCAGCGUAUCGCGAAUCUUGAAACUGGCGAACUUGAUAAGCGUAAGAUUGGGAUUUAUGUUCACUGGUGUUUGCCAAAGCCCUUUAGAGUCGGGAAAGCGGAUGCAGAUAGAUCAGGAGACUCGGUCGAGGCUGGAUCAAUUGAGUAUGAACCCGUUCCCGAUCGGUGGCUCAUUUUUCGCCAUGUCGAGGAAUCCCAACCGGCAGCCCCAGCAUUAGAAAUAUUCCUCGUUGAGAGCAAUAGGAUUCGAAACGUCAGCUCUGCGAUAAAUGCUGAAGCGCAUCUCGAAUCCAGCUCAUCAGCAUUCAUUGACCCGAGUCUUCCAGUGCAGCGCCAACUCGAAACAGUUCUGGGACGGAUCUCGCGUCUGUCACAAGAUUGGGCAGGCAUCGAGAAUAAUAGUGAACACUAUCACAGUCCACUUACUGUGCUGGGAUCAGGAAACCCUCUGUUCGCAGAUUACAUGCCUCAUAACUCAGCUGUGUUCAGCUUUCAUGAUAACCUGACAUGGGAAGGCGUUGAACCAGGCAUGGUAGAGAACGCGAAGGUCAAUUACACGGUCUAUGGACUUUUUGCCAAAGAUGCCAUGGAUCUUGCAUCAAGCUCUGCAAACCAGACGUCUACAUCGGCCUCUGUGUGCUGGGGCUCGUUGUACUCUGUCAUCUACACCCGAGACUCUGCUCCCAGCAGGAUGAGAGCGUCAGAAAAGGCCAAGGAGUUUGCCAUCAAGCAACCUCUGGCUGUUGGUGACGAUGUGAUGGACGCAUGUAUCGCCAUACUCAAAGGAUCAACAGACCCCAAAGAGUCUUCUAUGGCUGAGAUCUUUGAGAGUUUGAAAAGCGACGCGGCGUUGCAACAGUCAAAUUCUCAGCUCGACCGUGCUUCAACAGCUACUACAAACUUCAAAGGUACCCAUGGUGGCUAUCACUGGCGCGUAAAGAAAGAAGAUAGGGUUCCUACUUUCGAAAACCCAUCUUACUCAGAAGCACGGCAGACUUCUGUAACAACUACAGAGCAGAACAAGGUGUUACGACCGCUGAACACUAUGCAAAGCUACCUCGAUGCAUUACACCGUCGGAAGCGAUAUACGAGGCAUCUUGUUUUCUGCGAAUGGUGGAAGAACCGAAGUCUAUUCCGUGCGGAAGACACUAUAUCUGUGCGGCGCAGGUCUCAGUGUACGAGAACGGCCAAACGCUUAUUGAGCGAGAUGCAACAUAUCGCCGUACUUAUAUCUUCGGCCGAGAGUCAUAUCCUGUCGAAUCUAGAGAGGUCAAAGCUUUAUGGACCGUUUGAGAAGGAAGAGGCCGGGAAGUUCUUCUCUCACAUGGACCCUGCGUUUGUCCUCAAGGAUAUGGGCUCUGGCUGGCCUGAGAACUGGGAUGCUAAUGCAACGGUAGUCGAGGCUGAAGCCUUCAACUCAUGGUUGACUUCAAACGCUGAUGCUCUGAGGAAGUGGAUAGACAGAGGAAACUUGGACAAAGAUGCUGCUCCGACAACGAAAGCUCGUAUCCCUGAUAUGUGGGAUAGCAUUGCUACGCAUAAUGGUCUCCAGAGACUUCCGAAUGAGCUUCGUGAGUCUAUGAGAAAUGUUCUGAUGGCAUUUACUCGCGAGAUUGUGGCAGAGCGUCCUGGCGAGAAUGUACUGAUUAAGAACCCUUCUUGGAGGGAGCGUUGCUGGAAUGGACAGCCGUGGUUACCGCUCUUCAUAGACUGGGAAGUCGAAUAUGCUCAUAUUCCUAGCAACAUAUGGCAGCUUAGAUACGACCAUGAUGGUUCAGUUCGAUAUGGUCUUGCUACGGACAAGAAGCUUUCCGAUCUUGCGCUGAGCUCUCGUACCUUUUCUGGAAGAACGAUCCUACAGCCAAAUGGCGAGAAGCUCAUCCAAGGCCUCUUGGACAUGAUGAGUCGGACAGUUCCACGGACUUCAGGAGAGGAUGAGGUAAAAGCAUGGGCUGAAAGGUUUCUCAAGGGCCAGAACCUUACUUUUGGACGACUGGAUGGUUUCACUGAUCAUCUUCUGACUUUAUGUCAAGGAGCCCAUGCUGUUCCCACGAACCACGACCUACAAACGCAAGCAGAAGAGAUUUUUACUGAUGAAGAGUCUCUGCGAAUCUUCCAGGGCAGUAUCGGGGAUGUAUCAUCUGGAGGUCUUGAUGUGACUCCAUACGGGACAUUUCACGAGGGCUUGUCGUACGAGACCUUGACCAGCGCUGAUGCAGUUGAUGAUAAGAACCGGUUCUUCCAACCCGUGACUCACGGUCAAGCACGACUUACUCAGUUCAAGAUUGUCGAUCGUUUUGGGCAGGUCAUAUGUGCUCAUGAUCCGCGGCCAGAACAGCACAAAGAGGCUCUGUAUCCGCAUAUUGGGUCUGCCCUGCUUUGUGAACCGACCAGUGAUGCUUCACCAAAUACGGCAUUUGCAGCACCCUCGAGUGAGAGUGAAGUAGACGGCUGCGAAUGGUUUCAACUUAGUCCACGAAUUAACCAAGACGCUCGCCUGCAUGCUGCGUUCCUGUCUGAUGGAGAUAGUUCUGGACCCCAGCCAGUGGCUGAAGGUGACGCCGCGGUGUUUGCAUGGCUGCUUAUCAACUUUCACAACCAGUCUAUACAAGUCUAUGACAAGACUAGGACUUUCAAGGGCGAAGCCAUUCUUCCCGCUGGCCCAGAUGAAUCGGUUCAUUGGCAUUCACUGAUCGGGGGUGAUAUCUCUUCGGACAUCCUCCCACAUAUGAUGCGCGACGAACAUGACUUCCGACUACAGGCUCGGCUUGAUAAAGUCGAUAUCUCGGCACUGAAAAGUUCCAAGCAGCCCAUGUCACUGGAUGACCUGAUAGCAUCAAUGUCACAUGCAUCUUUCAUCAUUGGCCUUUGGAAGACCAUUGUAGCUGCUCAAGAUCACAUUCGAGCACCGCCAGCCCAGCAAUUUGCCCAAUUUCCUUCGGCUCUUGUUGGUCGUCCCGUUGCUCUCGCCCAUCUUGGACUAGGAAUCGAGCUUGCAACACCACCUAUGCAGAGCCAAGCCUACGCCGAUUAUGAUGAAGAUGAGACGAACGGUGUCACUGGUGUUGGCCUGUCUGAGACCGGAAAUGAGGAACUCACGCGAUAUGAAUUUGGGAUUAAAUUGGGCGACAUGUUGGGCCACCAAGAUGGUUUGAUAGGGUACUUCACAGCUCCAGAAGCUGGAGAAGCUUGGAACAUUGUCACCGACUAUGCCAUUGGCGAUGUGUCCUUCCCAAACGUCAGGCAUUCGGGUGAUGCACCUCCUCUCACCGUGUCCCCCAGCUAUCCACCCGUCCUGUCUUCGGGUGCUUCCGAGCCCUUCAACAUCACCGAUGAGGCAAAUAAUUACCAGAAGCGGAAAGCCGAGGCCUUACAGUCUUCUCUCGUCACUGUACUCCUGGAUCCCUUCCUUCCAAUCCACGUACGCUCAGGAAUACUCCCUGCAGUCCAAGCCCAGCUAAACCGCGACGACGUGGAGGGAGACCUUCAAAAUCUCGGGGUUUGGUUCCGCUCAGGCCCGGUCAUUAUUGGAUCUCGUGGCUCAGACCCUGUCUCCUCACAAGACGGGAAAAUGCGUAUACAAGUUAUCGACGAUGGCAACGAUGCGAAAGCCCCUCUUGUACCAGUGCAUACUAUGCCAACAACGACAUCUGGUGCGACAUGGAAGUGGGUGCAGCCUGUGAUGGAUGAAGCUGAGGGGGAGAGGGAUGUUGAUGCUUUUACUGGUGAAGUGAGAUAUGUGCAUUUGGGUGUCACGAAUCCAUUGAAGGAAGGAUUUGAUGCGACAUUGGGAGCGGAUAGUGAGAAGGCAAGAGAGGACGACAUAGAAGUAGCUGUUGCUUUGGAUGGAUAUCUACUGCUAAGGCCGAACAAGAAGAACGGCUAG